GGCUUCCGUCAGUUGCGUUGUCAACAGCACCAAAACACCAGCAGGGCUGCAUGCGCCGCGUCCGACAGCGAGUUUGACUUCUCUAAUAUUGCGGGUCCCAUCAACUCAUCUUUAGUCAAACAUGUCUACGUUAACAAACGGCAGGUAACCUUAAUGCGCAUUAUGUUUUGUUUUGUUUUGUUGAUACGUUUUUAAAAUCAGUGUACGUUUAAAAUCACUGCGCGUAAUAUCAGCCCUAUCUCUAGAUCAGAUGCUGCUUCACCGGCACUUUAUAACUGAUCGAGAGGCAAUGCGGUUAUAAAUCCAGGCAUGAUCUGCUCCAAUCUCCAUAGAUAUUAUGCGAUAUGUGUCAUCAAUUGAGAAUUUUGUAUUGAAGGAUGGGAUGAGUUCCGUAUCUUUGCUGCUUUUAGUUAUUAUAAGCAGUAAGGCAUGACAUUUAUUCCCUAAUUUAAUGCAUUUAACUUUAGGACACUGGAGAGCUUUUCUGCCUGGAGCCACUCCUGUCCCGUUAGAUUAGAGAGACAUUUAGCACAUUCAUCGCUUAAAAGCAUAUUUAUGAUGUUUGGGUUAUAAUCAUGGAGUCAACAUCCUCGUGUCUCCACAUUAGUUUAUCUAGCUCCAUGUUUGUCGGUACAGGCUGGUUUUAUGCAGUAUGCGCCUUUGUGCUUUUAUUUAAAGAGCACCAGAUGGUCCAUGUUAGCUCUUCGUGCUAGUUGAUUACCCUGUUAUAAUUCACCAAUCUAAGAUGACAUAACAAACCAUUCUAGCGUUAAUGUUAGAUAAAUACACGAUCACACUAUGAGCGAUUGUUACGAGAGAGUGAAAAGUGAGCUCCAGCAAAUGAAGGCACCUGGAGAUGAGGUGGAGACCGAGGCCGCGGAGGAGCAGCUGUCCCCGGCCUUACUGUCUUCUGUUCCCGCUGAUGUGCCCACUUCUCGGAGAGACAUUUCCAAGAGUGGCAUAAACGGGAGAAGUCGGAGUAAAAGCAGGAGCAAAGCGGACGGCAAGCAAGUGUCGGAUCUGAAGGCGGAUAAUUUACGAGAGAAAGCAACAAACCGUGUAGGCAAUGAGCACACCCUUCAGGUUAAGGGGACAGGAAAGAUUUUAAGGAGUAAAUGUGCUGCAAACGGUCACGUUGAGUCAUGCCCUGGACAAACCGAUGGAAAAUGUGAGGAUCAUGGCAGAGAGGAUGGGAGCAAAGUGGGCAAAAAGAGAAGAACUGUGACGGUGGACAUAUCUAAAGCGAAGACGUCCCUCGAAGCGCUUAAACUCAGCAUCAGGGAACUGAAGUGGAAAGAGUUUCCGAUGGGUAGGCGGACAGCCUGUGAUAUCUACUGGCAUGGUGUCUCUUUUCAUGACACCGAAAACAUAGUUUCUGGGCAGGUCAACAAGUUUCCAGGAAUGAUAGAGAUGCUGCGGAAGAUCAAUUUGAGCCGUGCGGUUCGUACCAUGCAGGAACUGUUCCCAGAGGAGUACAACUUCUACCCACGCUCCUGGAUACUGCCUGAGGAAUAUCAGCUUUUCUCCACACAGGUUCGACUCCUGAAAGAUAAUGAUUCCACCCUUAAACCCACCUUUAUUGUGAAACCAGACAGCGGUUCCCAGGGCGACGGCAUCUACCUCAUCCGUGACCCUGCUGACCUUCGGGUUAUCUCAGGUUCUCAGAUCAAGCAAGCGGUCAUUCAAGAAUACAUCCAGAAACCCCUUCUCAUCGAUAAACUGAAAUUUGAUAUCCGCCUAUAUGUUCUGGUGCGUUCAUUGGACCCUUUAGAAAUCUACAUCGCUAAAGAGGGUCUGUCCAGGUUCUGCACCGAACCCUACCAGGAGCCCUGCCAGAAAAACCUCAGUCAUGUUUUUAUGCACCUUACGAACUAUUCCCUUAACGUGCACAGUGGCAAUUUUGUCCAUUCUGACAGCUGCAGCACAGGCAGUAAACGCACAUUUUCCAGCAUUCUGUAUCGCCUGGCAUCUAAAGGAGUUGACAUCAAGAAGGUUUGGUCUGACAUUAUUGCUUUGGUUAUCAAGACAGUAAUUGCACUUGUGCCUGAACUGAAAGUUUAUUACCAAGCGGAUAUACCACCGGGCAAACCAGGACCUACAUGUUUUCAGAUCCUGGGCUUUGACAUCCUGCUGAUGAAGAACUUGAAACCUUUUUUACUAGAGGUCAAUGCAAAUCCCAGCAUGAGGAUAGAACAUGAACAAGAGGUGUCAGCUGGUGUGUUUGAAUAUGUACCGAGUCCAGUCGAUGAAGAGGUGAAAGUAGGGGUGAUUAGAGAUACACUGCGACUCAUGGAUCCCGCUCAGAGGAAAGAACACAUAACGUCAAAUAUGGGUGCUGGUUCUCCGGAGGACGCUAUUGUUGUGGAGUCUGGAAGUGAUGAGAAAGAAGGCCUGGCAGAUUCACUUCCAUCUUUAUGUUUAAAGCAAGUCUUCCCUAAAUACACCAAGCAGUUUAAUUACCUGAGGAUAGUUGAACGCAUCGCUGCCAUUUUCCUGCGCUUUCUUGGUGUCAAAGGAAACAUGAGAUUGGGCCCAACCGGAUUUCGCACCUUCAUAAGGAACUGCAAGCUGAGCAGCAGCAGCUUCUCAAUGGCUUCGGUGGACAUCCUGUACAUCGACAUCACUCGUCGCUGGGCUGGAACGCUCCCCGACUCCAGAGAAGCAGGGAUGUGUCUUCAGGCAUUUAUUGAGGCCUUUUUCUACCUGGCUGCACGCAAGUUCAAGGCCUUACCUCUUCGGGAGCAGGUGAGCUCUUUGCUGGAGUUGUGUGAGGUGUCCCUCGAGGGGCAGGGCCACAGUGAGAAACCACGCCCUCAAAGAUCACACGCACAUGCUAACCUCACCUCCGCUCACUCAUCAGCUCUACCCAUGCUCAACUCCCCCGCGCUGAUGCGCCGGCAUCAAGACCAUCUACGGCUACGCCAUCAUCCGUUGCAACUUUCUGCCAAGGGAAAUGCAGACAACUGACAAUCUUCAAAUGAGUGUUUGGAAACUGUUAAAGGAAAAGUGGACUUUAUUUAAAUAAAGUGUGAAGUAAGAAACUGAAUAGACGAACAGAAUAUUAUUAUAUAAGUCACAGAGGCACGGUGUGGACAACCCCUAUUUUUUACUUUUUUAGGUUUGUGCAAUAGUAAAGGGAUUCUCCCCUCAAAAUGAAAAUUCUGAAAUCUGUUUUUAACCCUCAUGUUGUUGAAACCUGUAUGACUUGAACACAAAAGAAAAAACAGUAUAUAAAAAUGAUGGCAAGCACACAGUUGACGGCACCCAUUGAGUAUUUGUUAAUCCUACUAUGGAAGUGAAUAGGUACCAACAACUGUGUGCUUACCAUUUUUUUAUAGAGUAUCUUAUUUUGUGUUCAACAGAAUAAAAAAAACUCAUACAGGUUUAAAACAAUAUCAGGGGUGAGUAAACACCAGAAUUUUAAUUUCGCAGCUAACUGUCCCUUUAAAAGGCUUAUAGAUGAUUCCGAUCAGCACAUCUGAUCAUAGCUUAAACAUACAACACAGAAAUGUAGACACUACACAGAAAAAUAAUGUAAUGGAUGAUAUGCCUGGUGGUGUGUGUUCAGUCACUUGAUUUAUUGCUAGGGAGUGUUUGGACAGAAUUUGCAUGAGCAUGUGACUUAUGUUGCAUUGCUCAUACAUGCUUAACCUUCAGGUAACGCGAGUAGCAUUUGUGUAAACCGAGUAUACCCCGAGAAUAUUACAGAGAUGCUGAGAUUUAGUGUUUCUUAAAGGUAUAGGAUAUUGUUGUAAUGCCACUCCACUUCAGAAAAGCAGCUAAUUAUCCAAAAUGACCACUGAGAUUUGAAAAUGGUGUUUGGAAACCAGGAUGACACCAAGUGCACUAAACAUUUAUGAAUUUGUAUGAUUUUAUUUAUGAAAUGAAUUCACUUUGGUUUUGCCGAUGGAAAUUGUGUCAGUGUAGGUAGAAAUUAUGAAAGAAUUUAAACCAGACUUAUCACAGGAUAAUUGUGUAUUAGUUCAUUACAAAAUGUAACCUAUAUUUAAUUCAACUACAAGCAUCCACAUAUAAACUUUAGGAGGUUUGGGAGAGGUGUACUUUUGAUGAUCAUGUUGAAUAAAGAAUGCAUUGAA